CAGGAUUCCCUUCAUCUGCGGCUUCUGGACUCAACAAAAUGUCUGAAGAUCAAAAUCUGGAGAAGUUCUUGAAGGAUGUGGAUGAGAUCUCUGAUAUUUUGCAAGGUCUAAACUCUGAAGACGCAUCUUCUCAAGAAAGGGCGAUAUUAAGAGCUGAUCAAAAACUUGCUCUUUUAGAGAAGAAGGAAGAUGAUCCAGAGAGAAAUAGAACACUUAUUAAAAAAUCUGGCAGCUCACCUCUUCCGCCUAAAUCUGAGAUGAGUCAAGAUAGCUUCAUUGCCCUUUUGGAAAAAGAUGCCAGUGAACGAGCUGAGAAAAGAAAGCAGAAUAAGGCACUCGCAAAUGCACUGAAAGAUCUGGGAAAUGAAGCAUUUUCAAAAGGUGACUAUAAAACUGCAAUUCUGCAUUACAGUGAUGGGCUCGGGAAACUAAAAGACAUGCAGGUCUUAUAUACCAAUCGAGCUCAGGCUUACAUAAAACUAGAAAAGUAUCCAGACGCAAUAAGCGAUUGUGAGUGGGCAUUAAAGUGUGAUGAUAAGUGUUUAAAGGCUUAUGUUCAUAUGGGAAAAGCUCACCUUGGUCUGAAGAACUAUGAGGAGGCAAGACAAUGUUAUAAGAAGAUUACAGAUAUAGACAUUACCAAAGAGAAGCUUGUGAAAGGCUACUUGAAUCAAGUGGACAUGCAGGAGAAGAAGGACAUCCAAGAGCAGAAAGCCUUGCUGGAUCUGGAGGCUGGGGUAGAAGAUGCAGUAUCUGUUACACAGCUGCUCACAAAGUUAUCCAAAGCAGAGCAGAGUCCUCUCUAUUACUCUGGAGGAAUACAGCUUCUGGCUCAAGCUGUAAAGGAUUGUACAACACAAACUCUAUUCAGAAUAAACAAUGGAUUCAGUAUUAUAGGAGACAACAGUAUAAUAAAUAGGAGCUUGAUCUCUAAACAAGCAGAUACAAUAGAAGCUGAUUUGUGUCUCUCUGUCCUGUCCUUAUGGCAGGUGGUCUGCAGUGAAAACGAACAGAACCAGUGUGUACUGAUAAGCCAACUCAAUGUGAACAGCCAGAUCUUCGCAAUGCUGACAUCAGAGAUCCCAGAGAUACAGAACAAGUCUUUAGCCCUUCUUACUGUAUAUUCCAUGACAGAAGAAGGAAGAUCUUUGCUUCUGGUGCAUUUAAAGCCAUCUAGGCUAUUUGAAAGUCUCAUCAAUUGUGUAAUAUUAACAGAUUUAAGAGCAAGCAGAGCAAUGGAUAUACUAUACCAUCUCACACAGGAGGAAAGGUUGAGAUCACAUUUUAGAGCGGACUUUACAUCAGAAUUACUGCCCUCAUGCACUUCUUUAUUGAAGAACCUGCAUUUAGCUCUAGUAAAUAUGGAAGAAUGUCUCCGAUGCAUUGCGGUCAUGGGACAUCUUAGUGAAGACGGCGUUAUAAGGAGGCAGAUGGCAGGUUCACUGGAAUUCUGGGACUCCUGCUUACAGCUUGUGGAUGCGUGCGGCUCGCCUGCCGAGGGAUGCAGAGACAUUCAGGCUGCAGCACUUGGGCUCAUGUUUAAUUUAUCUCUUGAAGCAAAUUCAGAAAUCAAGGAGCGAGGAGUUGAUAUCAGUAGAAGAUGUUUGUCUCUGCUUAGCAGUAACGAGGAAAUCAUUCUAACUAGAUCUGUGGGCAUUCUCAGCAGGGUUCUCCCACAAUGCACCACAGCAGUAGAACUGUCUGUACAAGAAGGAAUUGUGAAGAAACUAAUCAAAUUGCUUAAGGCAGAUGGAAAGAAGACCUCACUAUAUGCAGUGAAGGUGCUUGCAGUAUGUACCAAAGAGGAUACGCUAGCACAAAAGGAAGUUUUCAAGUAUGAUAAAAAAUUUGGCACCCUGGUAAACCUACUACGUUCCAAGGAUGAAAUAACAGUUGGGAACACUGCUUUGUGUUUGGGAAACUGCUUUGAUCUACCAGGAGUAGCCUCAACCUUGUUACAGUCUGAUAUCCUUAAGUUGCUUCUGAGCCAUGCUGGUGGAGACUCCAAGAGACGCUCUGUGCAAGAGAAUGCUGCUAGGGCGCUAGGGAAACUCUGUUCUGCAGAAACAAGAUACAUGACACAACUUCGAGAACUUCAUGGAAUCGAGAUUCUGAACUCUUGCAUGAAAUAUAUCAAAUGAUUAUCAUCAUCCACCCUAUACGGGUAAACAC